AUGGAUUUUCAAAACCGAGUCGGACACAAAACAGGCAGUGGAAUGCCACUGACAAGGGAAGACAUAAAUCAGGAAAGAAGAGAAAAACUGAAGCAGUUGGCAUUAGAAAAUAUCGAUAUAACCAAAGAUCCAUAUAUUCUGAAAAACAAUGUAGGUAUGUAUGAAUGUAAAUUAUGCUUAACUUUACAUAACAAUGAAAGCUCAUAUCUCUGCCAUACCCAAGGUAAAAAACAUCAAAUGAAUUUGGGGCAAAGAUUACUUAAAGAAAAAAAUGAAAUGACGAAUAUUAAGCUAAACAAAGCUACACCUGAACCAAGAAAAAUUGUUAAAAUUGGGAAGCCAAGAUAUGAUGUAACCAAAGUUAAAAAUAAAAGAAAUAAACUUGGAAUUCUUUUUGAAUUAUCCUUUCCAAAUAUUAAAGAAAAUACCAAACCGAAAUUCCGUUUUAUGUCAUCAUUUGAACAAAAGGUUGAACCACCUGAUAAAAAAUAUCAGUAUUUGCUAUUUGCUGCAGAGCCAUAUGAAACUAUCGCUUUUAAAAUACCAAAUUUAGAUAUUGAUGAAACACAAGAUUUCUACUAUAAAUGGUUUGAGAAAAAAAAAAUAUUUGUCAUGCAAAUUCAUUUUCAGAAUCCUCUCGAACAUAACCGAUCAAGAAGGAGACGCACGUAUUUACCAAAUAAUAUUAAGUGGUGA